UACUUGGCUGCAGCUCCGGGUCGGUGGUGGUGGUCGGUUAACGUGAAUGCAUGAUAUUUCCACCGAUCAUAUAGCCGCACUUGUAGUCUGCAAAACGGGCAACAUUGGCUGUCGAAACGGCUUUUUAAGCUGUAUGUUUCAGAGCUCAUUUUUUGUAAAGUAGCCCACUGUAGUGCGACCAUGGGCGUGGAUGUCGAGACAAUAUCUCCCGGUGAUGGAAGAACAUUUCCAAAGAAGGGCCAGUCAUGUGUUGUUCAUUACAUAGGUAUGCUGCAGAACGGGAAGAAGUUUGACUCCUCCCGAGACAGGAACAAGCCCUUUAAGUUCAAGCUUGGAAAGAGUGAGGUCAUUAAGGGCUGGGAGGACGGAGUAGCACAGAUGAGCCUGGGCCAAAGGGCAAAAAUCACCUGCACACCUGAUAUGGCUUAUGGAUUAACAGGCCACCCCGGGGUCAUCCCCCCGAACGCCACGCUCAUAUUCGAUGUGGAACUGCUCAAGCUGGAGUGAUGCCCGAGGUUAAAUACGAAGGGUGAAGCUUAAUGAGGCUGCGUUCGCCACAACCUGUUUCCACAGGGAGACCAUACUCGGCUGCUGCCUCCCGCCAUCAACCUACUCUUCUAUGAUUUCUACAGUCUUCUUUAGUUCAAUAUUUAAACGUAUCUACUGCUGCUUUGUUGUUGCCAUCUUGUCAUAAUAGAUCCUGCAAGAAAAGAUUGACAUGCAAGACUUUUUUCCACACACACCACAGUUUGGUUUCUGUUUGCUAUUUUGUUUAAUUUCAUUUAAAGUUGUAAAUUUUGUUGAACCAUGAGGAAAUCAGUCAUCUGGUGAAAAGCCGUACUGCAUUGCAAUCACAACAUAUACCGCCUUACAGUUUCAACAACAGAGGAAGGGUACAUACGUUGAAAGUACAUACUGUAACUUCUGCUCUGUAUCUUAACUGGGCAUUAUAUACCACUGUCUGCAUUGCCACUUUGAUAAGGUUUGUCCUGCUGAAUGCUCUGAAUGAUGUUGCUAUGUGUAGUAUAUUUUAUAUCCCUCAUAAACAUUUACUGCAAGUGUACCCUAUUCAAUAUAGACUAAUACAAUACUGUACAGAACUCUAUGAAAGCCAUUGCUACUAUGACAGUUCAUCGACCAACUCUUGAAUAAAAAUGGCAUGUAUUGUGUUGAGGA